CCGGCCCCGCCGCCGCCGCCGCGCAGAGGAGCCGCCGCGCGGUCACGGCGCCGUUCCCCGGUCCCGGCGGCCCCCCCUCCCGGUAGCGAUGAGGCCGCGGGGCGGGCGGUGCCUGCCGCUGCUGGCGGGCCUGGCCGUGGUGGCUAUCGCCCUGGCGGAGGCCGCGACCUUUCUAUCGCAGCAGUACGCCUCUCAGUUCCUGGUGAGGAAACGUCGAGCAAAUUCUUUUAUGGAAGAAAGUAAGAAGGGAAAUCUAGAAAGAGAGUGCAUUGAAGAAUUAUGCAAUAAGGAGGAAGCCAGGGAAAUAUUUGAAAAUAAUCCUGAAACUGAGUAUUUUUAUCCCAAAUAUUUAAGCUGCCUUGCCUCCCAUCGAGCAGGGAUUUUCAGGGUUACUGCAGUUACUCCAGACUCUCCAGCUGACCUGAGGGCUUGUGUCAAUGAAAUUUCAAACCAGUGUAGCCCUCUGCCAUGCCAUAAAGAUGGAUAUAAGGAUUGCAUAGAUGGACAAGCCAAAUAUACAUGUGUCUGUAAACCAGGAUGGCAAGGAGAGAAAUGCGAAGAAGAUAUAAAUGAAUGUGAAGACUUAAAUGGAGGCUGUAGCCAACGCUGUUCGAAUUUACCUGGAAGCUACCGUUGUUUAUGUGAAGAUGGCUACUUCAUGCAUUCAGAUAAACGGGAUUGCGGAGAUAUAAAUGAAUGUGUGUUACAUCCAAACAUCUGUGGGACAGCCAUGUGUAAAAACACCCUGGGGAAAUAUGAAUGUGAAUGUGCAGAAGGCUACACAUAUAAUUCAACUUCGAAGAACUGUGAAGAUAUUGAUGAAUGUGCUGAAAAUGUUUGCGCUCAACUCUGUGUAAACUCUCCAGGAAGUUAUAGCUGCUAUUGUGAUGGCAAGAAAGGGUUCAAGCUCUCUAAGGACAUGAAGAAUUGUGAGUCUGUUACUGCGUGUAUACCACUGAACCUUGAAAAGAAUUAUGAACUGCUUUACCUGGCAGAGCAAUUUAUAGGAAUUCCCGUUCUGUACUUAAAGUUUAAAUUGCCAAAUGUCACAAGAUUUACAGCAGAAUUUGAUUUCCGGACAUAUGAUGCAGAGGGAGUUAUAUUAUAUGCAGAAUCCCUUGACAAUACAGCAUGGAUCUUGCUUGCUCUUCGUGACGGGAGGAUUGAAAUUCAGUUCAAGAAUGAAUUUGGAACAAAAGUCACCAGUGGAGGCAAAGCCAUUAAUGAUGGACUGUGGCAUAUUAUAUCAGUUGAAGAACUAGAACACAGCAUCAGUGUAAAAAUAGCUAAAGAAGCCGUGAUGAGUAUUAACAGCCCAGGAACUCUUUUUAAACAAUCACAGGGUUUCUUGGAGACUAAGGUGUACAUUGCAGGAUUACCUCGAAAAGUGGGCAACACUCUGGUUAAACAGAUUAACCCACGGCUAGAUGGGUGCAUUCGUGCCUGGAACCUGAUGAAUCAGGGACAUUCAGGUGUAAAAGAAGUUAUUCAAGAAAAACAAAGCAAACACUGUUUAGUAGCAGUGGGGAGAGGAUCCUUCUAUCCUGGAACUGGAAUGGCAACAUUUCAGAUAAACUAUAAUAAGCCUGACAGUGCUGAAGAUUGGCUAAUAAAUGUGACUAUGACUAUUCGCCCAUCCACAGACACUGGUGUUAUGUUUGCCUUGGUUUCUAAUAAAACAGUGCCUCUUGCUUUGUCCAUAGUGGACUCUAACUCCUCUGACUCACAGAAAAUCAUUGUGACCAUUGGAAACAUCACUGUCGCACAUCUGGAAUCAAAGAAGUUAUGUACACCCAGGAAAGUGCUGGUUGGACUCCUAGUAACCAAACAGCAACUUGAACUGUCUGUUGAUUCACACACAGACAGAAGCAAUUCAGAGCAACUGUCUAUCCUGCAUCAAGCAAUGAUGGCAAAUGUUGUUACCUACUUGGGCGGCCUGCCAGAUGUUCCUCUGGGUGCUACGUUAGUAACCGCUUUUUAUAAUGGCUGCAUGGAGGUGAAGGUCAACAACAGACAGCUGGAUCUGGAUGAAGCCAUUUCUAAACACAAUGACAUUAGAUCUCAUUCGUGCCCACUGAUUAUGCAGUAACCAUUCAAUUCUUAAUUUAACUUUUUUCUUUCAGAUAUAAUUUGUGUAAUUAGUCUCAUGCCAUAAUGAAGCCUGCAUUAUUUUAUUCAAGAUGUGCCAGGAAAAUAAUCAACAGCAUGUUUUUCCUCCCUUUUAUAUAAAAUGGGGAAAACUCCCUUUUCUCAGCUGUAGAGGCAAUCAAGAUCAAAAUUCUGUAAAAUGUUCUUUUACUAAUAUCAGUGAUAAAUACAACAGCUAGAUUUAUUUCUCUUCUAUGUUCAUACUACGCCCUUGGCAUAGUUACUUUGGAGAAAAAGUUCAGGAAGUUCUGUUUAGAACCAAUUUUACUUCUUAGUUUAAAUAUAUCUGCACAAAGUUGCAAGUUGAAAAUUUUAGUAAUGUAUUUGAAUCUAAACAAAACAAGUCUCAUUAAACUUUUCUCAGCAUAAUAUACAAAGAAAAAUCUCUACAGGUUUUGUAAUAUGUGCUUUUGAUAAAGGAAAAAAUACCCCAAAAUCCAGAGCCCAAGGUCUCUAUGACUAUGUUUACAAGUUGUAUCAAUAUUGGUGAAGCAACUUCACAACCAAAACGUUUUUGUAAGUAGCUCAAUUUUUGAAAAUAGCUCCUGUAAUGCUGUACCAGCUUUAAUUCUUCUAUCUUAGGAACCCUGCUUUAGACUUCUAACAGAGUUCUGGAUCAGGUCAAGUAAUUUACUUCUAAAGUGUGUUGAAAUAUACCCCAGGCAAUUUUGGAAAACAGAAGAGAUGGCUUGAAAGAAGGAGCUCUGGUCUUCAUCACAGGACAUCAAACAAAUUUGCUAAGUAAAGCUGAGAAAUUGCUACAAACAUUUUUUCCAUUUGUGACAAAUCUAGCGCUCCUCAAUAUGAGCACCCUCUAAUGGUCCAUCAUAUUCCCUUUAGUUAGGUCAACUUUGCAUUCACAGAGCCUCAGAAGAGAUUUGGUUUUGAGCUCUGUUGCAGUUGUGUUUGAAAUGUGCUUGAAAGAUGUGCUUGAAAGCCUGAAUUUUGCUGGUACCAUCAGAACGUAUAGCCAUAUUCUGCUCAGCCAACUUUAAUGGAACAGGUAAUUAUAAAAGUACUGUUUUUCUCAAGUGUGCUCAUUUCAAGCAUUUCUAAUAUUUCUUUAGCAUCCUUCGAGUAUUCUAUCCACUUCCAACCUCAUUUUCACACAACCACAAGCCUCCCUGUGCAGCUCACCUAGUGGUUUUGUUAACCCCAAACCAAAUAAAUAGCAAGAGAAUUGCUGCAAGCAAUGGAUAUAUGCUCUCAUCCAUCAACCAGAGAGACAUUUAUCUGCCAGGAUUCUUGACCUGAGGUUUGCUUUCUUUGCUUGAGACAUUGAGGUGGAAAUGUAUGUACAGAAGGAUGGAUUGUGACAAUAUUCAUUUUGAAGAUGGCCUUUCUCCAGAGAUAUUCCCAGUGACAUUAGUGAGGUUUCUUUCAUUGUUGAGUACUAACAUCAGUACAUCAGUAUUGUAGAACCUGAGCCCAUCUUUCAACAUUAUUGCUUUGUCUGAGGUUACUGUUAACUUCACUUCCCACUUGUAUAAGGUAAUACAGAAUUUGCUGUGACUUUCACACCAACCAGACUCAGUACCGUCUCCAAAUCUGGCCUGCACCAGUUCAUACGUAACUGCUUCUCCACAGGAAUACCACACAACUGACACCCAGGGGCUAAUUGCCAGUGAACUACUAGUUCACUUUUCUAGGAUGGCAUGUAAAAAAAGCUUUGAUUUCUCCAGACUCCAUCAAGGAGAAAUGACUGCAGGAAAGCAUCCCUCCCUGCUCUCCUCCCAUCCCAACACACACAUUCUUCAUUUGGGCCUAAGUUGGAGAACAACUCGACUGAAAUAAGCAGGUUUUGCAUGCAGAAUGGAGCUGAAUUGGGAUUUUCGAUCUCAUCAGCACCCACUGAAUUCUGGAAAGCCCUUGGGUCAGCCUCUGCCUUGUACAACAAACAGAAACUAUGAGAUGAGGAACACUAAGUGUCAGCAGGACUCUAAAUUGUCAGCCUGUGUGAGAAGAAGAAAACGUCUGAGGUUUUUAGGUUUUGUUUGUAUAAGUGCAAGAAGUGGUAUAGAGAUGAGAUGAAAUGAAGGAAAAAAUAAAUAAUUUUCUCACA